AUGCCAGAUCCACAAGCUAUCGUUCUCAAUUUCCCUGACUUCGUGCGCGUCGCAGGAGAAACGCUGCAAGGCUAUAUCGACCUUGACUUGGGCUUAGCCGCGCAAGACAAGAUCGAGAAAGUGAAGAUUAAAUUGCGUGGUUCAGUAUUAACGAGGACCACCGAACGGACUCAUGCCCCAGGACAAGAAGCGCAAAGCACAACUCAUUAUCGAACCCAAAAUCACGAGCUUGUGCGACUCGACCAAGUUCUCUGGGACCAAAGCAGCGCGCCACAAGGCUUACCGUCAGUAAUCCAAUGCCCUUUCCAACUCCCUCUUCCGCCAAACUUGCCCCCCUCGUUCCAUUAUUCGCACAGCAAUCACACCGUUACCGUCAGCUAUUCAAUUGAAGUCGUUGGCUCGCGACAUGGCGUCUUUCACGCCAACCGCCGUGUUCGUAAGAUCUUCUCUGUCGUGCCCGCUGCCUCGCCAUGGGAAUUGAAUACAACCGCUGCAAUAAAACAAGGCUGGAACGGGCCGUGGAAGCCCCAAACCAUCAAGAAAGAGAUCAGGCAUGGUUUGUUUGGUGACCACUCAGAGGCGACGAUGGAGCUCGUUCUCCCUGACCUUCCCUCUUUCCCGAUGAGCGUGAAUGUCCCCUUUGCCCUGCACAUCUGGACCAAAACCAAGCCUGUCCACCAGGAAGACCUCGACAAGAACCCCAAGCUUUUCCCAGCGCCACCACAAACACCAGCCGACUCGGAGCUCGAGGUGAAGCUGAGGCGUCAGGGCCGGAUGCAGACGUAUGGGAAGUCAGAGCAUUUCGAGGAGGAAUUGCAGCUUCGCGGGGGACUGGGCGAUAAAAAUGCUGUCACCAGCAUCCGCACAACAUUCGACCAGCCCUCAUUCACGCAGCUUGACGGGAGCAAAGGGAUCUGGAACCGAGCUGUGCAUUUUGAAGGCGCACUGGUGAUACCGGAAACUCCCAGCUUUUCUGGCGAACACGUCGAGUGGCAUUAUACCCUCAAGGUCAAGAUGGAUUUCCCGGGUUUGGGAAACAUCCUUGAGUUCAAAAUCCCCGUCCACAUCAACUCCGGCGUUGCUUGUCCGCCAUUGCCAACUGCCCCAUACCAAUAUAACGUCCCAUAUACCUACCCGCUGCCCAGUGGACCACCGCCGUUGAUGCAUCUGCCUCAGAGCUACUGGUCUGGCGAACAUCACAACUGGGAUGAGGAAAAUGGCGAGUAA